AUGGCACCAGCUGGGGCACACAGCAAAACCAUAGAUUAUGGGAUGAAGCUCUCAUUGCUGAUGUCAGCACCCAUUGUCAAUGAUGUGCCUACACUGGACAGACUCACCACUGUCGAGCUCAAUCACUUGAUUUUGCAUGAACUGGCACCACAAAAUGAUAACACAGAGCUCAGUUAUAUGUUGUCGCAGAUUUUUGGUUCAUUUACCUUUCGACUCCCAGAUACUUCACAGCAAGUUCACCAUCACAGGCAAAAACGAGCUGACGCAGAUCAGCACCAGUGGAACUGGCCACUCCCAAACUCACACCACAAUAAGGUCAAGCGACCUGGUGAUGGGAGCCUUGAAGAUAGGGAGGAGCAGAGCACCAUGGCAGGCACGGAGUCUGGAAGCGGAGAUGAUGAUGGUCCAUCCUUGGAGGAAGAACCUGCCUCUGGGUCACAGCUGGCAGACGAUGACAUGCCGGACACACCACCGCCACCGUUCGAGGGAGUCUUUGUGAUGUUCUUCAAUGUUAUUUGUUUUGCAAUCACCCAGAAGGUGCCAAAGAUUGUACAGGCAACCAACGUGACCCCAGUAUCACGCAUGUGGAGUGUGGGAAAUGCUACACACCCUGUGAAAGAUGAAGAAGUCACAAGAAAGCCCGGCCUUGCGUUAUUGGAUGAUGUAGAAGCUCAAUGGGAUACUAUCAAGGUGGUUUGCGAGCUGACAUCACAACCGUACUCAGCUACGAGCACAAUAGGAAAGACGCUGGACAACAAAGCAUACUUUCUCUUCUGA